AUGGAGAGUAUUCAAAAUUUUUACAAUACUAUCCUGAAGUCGUCACAUCCAAUUCUACUGGCUAUUCAUCUUUCAGCAAAGGCGGCUCCUAUUGUAUUUUAUAUAUUAGGUUCUCUCUUUUUGGGUUUUACAGCUCAAUUUAUUACAUUAGUCAUAUUAUUUGCCAUUGAUUUUUACUUAACAAAGAAUAUCAGUGGUAGAAAGCUAGUCCAAUUACGCUGGUGGUAUGAUUCUACAGGCCAAAAAGCUACAUCAUUUACUUUUGAAUCAUAUAAACAAUAUGGGCCAGGACCACCGGUUAAUGCAAUUGAUUCAAAGCUGUUUUGGUGGUCACUAUAUCUAACUCCUGUAGUUUGGGUAGUUUUUGCAAUUUUUUGCGUUUUAAGAUUGAAACUGUUUUAUCUAAUUGUUGUGCUGGUUGGUGUUGGGUUAACAGGUUGGAACGCAUACGGAUUCCGUUGCUGUGAUAAAUGGGAUCCAAAUGAAAAUGCAUCAUCAAGCAACUCCUGGUUCCAAUUACCUGAUUUAUCAAGCUUUGGUAAUUUGUCAAACUUGGUAAGAAUACAAGGGUUUUUCAAUAGUUCUAAUAGAAAUUGA